AUGGGAGGAGAACUGUGGUUUGGGAUAGACGCCGAGAAUGAGACCCCGAUAGAAACAGAGAAAGGAAGCACGAACUCUGAGACACUAGUGGAUCCAACACUUGUGGACCCUACUGCGGUAGUAGGGUCGCUGAGGAGGCGUACACCACAGAUCAAGUUAACAGCAGAGCGGCUGGUUGGGGAGAGGGGCCUACCGUAUGUGAUGAAGCAUGCGCCAAAGGCGAUUCGCAUUUCGAAAAAGCGAAACGCUCACGAUAAUCUUUCACAUAUAAUCCAGUUUUAUCAGCUAUGGGCGCACGAUUUGUUUCCGAAGGCUAGAUUUGGCGAUUUCAUCAGACUGUGUCAUUCUUUGGGGAAGAGCGAUAAGAUGCUGCGGGAGUACAGAAAAAACCUGUACCGUCACGAGAUGCAUGGGGAGGAAUCUAUGCAGCCGUCGGAUGUACGAGCCGGUAAUGCAGAAGACUUGGAAGAAGAUGAUAUCUACACUGCGGCGUCGCAACAACCCGCUGAAGCACCCGAACGGUCCGUUGACGAGCCGCCCGCAUCUACCGAGCAGGACCAGAACCUGGAUACUCAAGAAAUGUUUGUGGAGGAUGAAGAUGCAAUGGAGGCGAUGCGGGAGCUCGGUUUCUGA